AUGAACGUCGACCGCGCCACGCUCAUCAACGGAAACCAGUACUUCCAGAACAUGCUGACCAGUCACCGCUGGGCAGAAUCCGACCGCGCGACGAUCACCCUGCACGACGACCACAUCGUCGCCAUGGAGGUCCUACUGCGCAAGCUACACGGGACCCUAGACGCGAUGAGCGUGAAGGAGGUCUCCGUCGCGGACGUGUGGCACCUGGUGCUCGCGUGCGACAAGUACGGCCUCAACCCGAAGGACUUUCUGGCCUGGUUUGCAUCGUGGGCGGAAUACGCCGAGACCCAGAUCAAGACGCUUUACGACGGCGACGAGCUGAAGUACUAUCGACAGAUCCUGUUCCCGAGCUGGGCGACCGACCAUACGACCCUCUUCGCUGAGGCGACCAAGUCCCUGGUCUACGGGAGCGAGGAGCAUAUCGUCGAGCGCAACCCCACGAAGGUCCAUCACAUGCAUCUGCCGCCUCGGAUUCUGCAGCAAAUGAAGGCCGUCCGCGGCCGCCUCCGCAACAUCGCGCACAAGGACCUCUUCAGUUGGAUCGCGACGAUUUUGAGGUCCCCCACCCCCUCCCCGUGCUGCGAACGCACCGUCUUCGAAUUCUUCCGCGAGCUACAGCGCAUCAGCGUCUGGCCCUUCGAAGAGUGCAUGCGGCACAGCAGCAUCGACGAUCUGGUCUUCCGCAUGGAGAGGUUCGACGCGAGCAAGAUGCGCGAAUACACGGAUCCCGGGACCCGGAAGCCGGUGGAUUGUACCCAUUGCGGAUGCAACUGGGAAGCCGCAGUGGCCGGCGCCGCGAAGCGCGUCGAGGGAUACUUCGAUGGGCUGUGUCUGGACUGCAUGGACAACACGAAGAAUCUGGAAAAGGGCGGCGAUCGGGACCGGGAUUACUGGGCGUAUAUGCUGCCCCGGGAUUGGUACGAUGUAGGGUGCCGGAUCAAGCAUGGCGAACCGACCUGGUAUUUUAGUUUCAUGGGGAGGCGGGAGAAGAAGGGGUUGAUUGCGGAUGUUUAG